GUCAGCAGAUAAGCAGCGAGCCUUAGAAGAAACCAAAGCCUACACAACCCAGUCCUUAGCAAGUGUAGCUUAUCUGAUCAACACAUUGGCCAACAAUGUUCUGCAGAUGCUGGAUAUCCAGGCAUCCCAGCUUCGUCGCAUGGAAUCUUCAAUCAAUCAUAUUUCACAAACAGUGGACAUUCAUAAAGAGAAAGUUGCUAGAAGAGAAAUUGGCAUUUUGACUACGAACAAAAACACUUCAAGAACCCACAAAAUCAUUGCACCAGCCAACCUGGAGCGUCCAGUUCGCUACAUUAGAAAACCUAUUGAUUAUACAAUUCUAGAUGAUAUUGGACAUGGAGUGAAGUGGUUGCUUAGAUUUAAGGUUAGUACACAGAAUAUGAAGAUGGGUGGGCUGCCUCGUACUACUCCACCUACACAGAAACCACCCAGCCCACCAAUGUCAGGAAAAGGAACUAUUGGGCGUCACUCUCCCUAUCGCACACUGGAGCCAGUGCGUCCUCCAGUGGUACCAAAUGACUAUGUUCCUAGCCCAACACGUAAUAUGGCUCCUUCACAACAGAGUCCUGUUAGAACAGCUUCUGUGAAUCAGAGGAAUCGCACAUACAGCAGCAGUGGGAGUAGUGGAGGGAGCCACCCAAGUAGUCGGAGCAGCAGUCGAGAGAACAGUGGAAGUGGAAGUGUGGGUGUGCCCAUUGCUGUUCCCACUCCAUCUCCUCCUAGUGUCUACCCAGCCCCUGCUGGCUCAGCUGGCACUUCUUCCCUUCCUCCUACCUCUGCACCUGCCCCUGCCCCUCUUGCUCCUGCUACUGCCCCCUCCACUGCCCCAGAUGCUGCUGCUGCUGCAGGAGCUCAGCCUCUUGCUGAUGGCUUCACCUCUCCAACUCCCCCUGCUGUUUCUUCCACUCCCUCUGCAGGCCACCCUGUUCAGUUCUACAGCAUGAACAGACCUGCAUCCCGACACACCCCUCCAACAAUAGGGGGCUCUUUGCCAUACAGGCGCCCUCCUUCCAUCACUUCACAAACAAGUCUUCAGAACCAGAUGAAUGGAGGACCUUUUUAUAGCCAGAACCCAGUAUCCCUUGCUCCUCCUCCUCCUUCCAUCCUACAGGUAACUCCACAGUUACCAUUGAUGGGGUUUGUGGCCAGAGUUCAAGAAAAUAUUUCAGAUACUCCCCCCCCUCCUCCACCUGUAGAUGAGCCAGUCUUUGAUGAGUCCCCACCUCCACCUCCACCCCCAGAAGAUUAUGAAGAGGAGGAGGCAGCUGUGGUUGAAUACAGUGAUCCUUAUGCUGAAGAGGACCCUCCAUGGGCUCCAAGGACUUAUUUAGAAAAGGUUGUGGCGAUCUAUGACUACACAAAAGACAAGGAGGACGAGCUCUCGUUUCAGGAAGGUGCCAUUAUUUACGUCAUUAAGAAGAACGAUGAUGGGUGGUAUGAGGGUGUCAUGAAUGGAGUGACAGGGCUCUUCCCAGGGAACUAUGUGGAGUCCAUCAUGCACUACUCCGAAUGAAGACCAGAGAAUACAGAGCUGCGCCUUGCUCCAGGGAACUGCCAGAGCUCCUCAGAUCUUCAUCAGCCCCUAGGGGCCCACCUAAGUGAACUGAAUGAAGGAUUAACUGUAACAAAACCACUCUUGUUUUUUGCUUUUUUUCAUUAUACAACAAUAGCGAUUUGAGUUGUUUGAACAAAUGGCUUCACCUGCCAGCAGUGGUUUUCUUGACGUUGAAUAAGCCGACCCGUUCAGAUGUAGAUAGUGGAGAUGUAACGAACUUGUUGAGUGGCGAUACUUGGCUAAAAUUCAGGCUGAUCUGGGAUGCUUCUCAGGAAUACAGUAUGUCCCUGAUAUUUCCUCUGGCAUUAGUGCCUGGCACCAGGAUGCCAGUGCAAAGAGGUUAAUGUAACUGGCUUGUGGAAUCCCCCAUCCUUUCUCCACUCACAUGCAGCUGGAAGGAUAUUAGUUUGCUAAUUAGCAUUUGGAUUCAUGCACAAAGCAGUUCCUGUAUCUGACUUCCGGAUGGUUCGUUACAUCUUUAACAUAAACACUUCUGCAACUGCUCUGCACGAGUAGCCUGAUGUGGGGGCUCACAGAGCUGGCCGGGGUUCGCUUACCUUUCAGUUUAAAUAAUUAAGCUCAGAAAACCUCACCUUUCUGUAAUCUUAGUCCUUUGACUGCCACAGAUUACGGCUGUGUUAUGCAUUAGUGUAAAAAUAUCCCCUUGGGCAUCAGUCUCCAACCUGCUGCUUCUGAGGGCUUAAGCUGAGCACAAAUGCAGUUUGUGAUGAGGGGGAAAUUAAGUUUAUAGAUUAUAGUAGGGAAUCUGAGGAUGAUGUUUAGCAUUAAGGUUGAGGAUUUGAAUCUAUUCGUGCAUGCUUGCACGAGACAGAUUAUUCAUCCUAAAUGUCAGUAUUAUGCACAGUGUAAAUUAAAAAACCCAAUCAGGUGUUGUAAUGUGGCUUUGUACUUUGGUUCCAGAUUUCAGUAUAUACUGUGAAUGCCCUGUGCAAAGCAGUUGUCUCCUUCAGGUCGAUUACCAAAAUCUCUUCUCAGUGGAAGUAAAAAGGGCUGCCGUAUGUAUGGGUUUCCUGUGAAAAGCUACACACUAACUUGUAAUUAUUUUAGCCCUUUCCAGUGUUUAUAAAACAGUAAAUAUCUUUCAUAGCUAUAUCAGACCAGGUGUGAUCACUUGCUAGAAAGGUUUCAUGUACACUUGUAGGUUACUUUUUAAUACAGUUUCAGAUUAAAAUGCCACCACUUCAGAUGGGUUCACAGAUCAUUGUAACAAACUCAGAAUGGUCAUUCUGAGCUAGUCAGGAAGAACUUCUGAUAAAUUAAAUUAAUACUCUUCUUUAUUAAUACAACAAACUGAGUGACUGACUUUCUGGAGGAGGGAGCAGCCCAUGUAAAUUUAGUUUGAUCUUUCACAGUGGGGAGAUUCUGAGCCAGGUUUCUUUCUGAAUGGUGUUUAUUGAAGCCAGGGUGAAAUUCCAGCCAGAGCCAACAACAGUGGCUUGCUUAUCCAACUCUAGAUAAUGCUACAGCUGUCUGGUAAGGCAUGUAUGUAAAAUGGAACCCUGCAGAGAGAGUAGCAGUGAUAACUAACUGGAGGCUGGUUUUCCUGCCUUCUUAGCAAACACGUAUCCAGGCAAGCCAGUCUCAUAACUCAGAGGCUAGUUCAGUGUCUUGCCAGAGAUGUGAAUGCAGAGGAAGCAGGGAUACUUGUGCUGGAUGGGCUCUUGGCUAAGAUGAUGUGUCAGUCAGUCGGGGCGGGGGGCAAACAUGGGAAAGGAAUGGACAACGUCUGCUGUUCUUCCUUAUACUCUAGAUAUGGCAUCUCCUUGGAGCGUCUCUGCUUCCUAAUGCUUGUUUAUCUCUGGCAUUGGCUCCUAGAUGGGGUCGUGCCCUUGUCGGGAGCUUCUUCACUCAUUUACCCCUUCUGUCUGCUGCAAAAGCAGUUCCACAGAGAUGUAGCGCUCACGGCCUUGCCACAUUACUGUCCAAUGGGAUUCAUCCCAUUGCUCGUCUCUCACUCCUCGCUGCCCUUCUGGAUGGUGGCAUUCUUGAUGAGUUAGGUAACAUGGACAAAAAUCCCUUUGGGUGUUUCUUUGUUUGAGUAUCCAAGUGAGUCAAAUAGACAUUACGGAGUGUCUGUGUGAGAGAGCUGAGCAGUUACCCUACACCAAGCUUGGCCUAUGGUUAGUUUCUAAUGCUGGGCUACACGAGGAAGUGCUUAUGAAAUGAACUAGGGUGUGAAUUUAAUGUACAAGAGCUGUACUGGGCCCUUUUGUCAUGAAAAGACACUGCAGGUACCAGGGGAUCCCAUCUGCUCAUAACAUGACUAAGCACAGCUGCAUUGUCUAGUGUCAAGGGGAAUUUACCCACUCAGCGUGCUCAGUGGGAGGGAGAUGCGGUUAUGGUCCCAGCUACACUACAGAACAGAAGUGAUUUUUCUGAGCCUGGAACAACUGUUCUGUCAGUGACUCCGUUCCCCUGGAUGUGCUUGUGUCGUAGGCUGGGCACAGAAAUGAAUAGCCCUCAAACUAGCUGUUGCUAUGGGUGAGCUGUUUGGUGUUGCAAACAAAGCAGAGCAUUGGUAGAGUCCAGAGGGACCUUGGCCCUUUGCCAACAGACAGUGGUGCAGGCAGCUCCCUGCCAAAAUGGGCUCGUGGGGUUGCUUCCACUGACAUGACACGAGGUGUUCGUCCUGCAGAGCUGCUUUGGA